GUCGCGUGUGCCCGCCGCGCGUCAGGACCGGAGGAUGGAGACUCGCAGCGUUUAACGGCUCGUCGCGUUCCGUGGUUCAUUCACCGUCAUCGUGAUUCCCGAUCAUCUUCUCCGUUCACCGAGAGCGGAUGAAUGAAUGAUUGAUUGAUUGAUUCAUAUCGGGAUUUGUGAUGCUAUUGAUAAUGAUGGGCUGCGUCACUGAAGAUGUGAACAGACUUCACGCGCUUCUCGUGGGUUUCUGUCUUCUCACCUGCGUCUCCAAAAUACACGGCUCAGAUCCUCUGCGAGCGUUCGUGGAGCUUCGCUUCGUGAUGGAACCGCAGGACGCUGUGACGGUACGCGGAGGAUUCCUGCAGCUGGACUGUCAGGCUCGAUCCGAUCAGGGUGUUCCCAUCAUCUCGUGGAAGAAGGACGGCAUUCUUCUGAGCGCUGUGGUGGAUGACAGGAGACGUCAGUUGUCUAAUGGAUCUUUACUGGUACAGAACAUCAUUCACUCGCGUCAUCAUCGGCCGGACGAGGGCUCUUAUCAGUGUCUGGCUACGCUGGAGGGUGUGGGAGCCAUCGUCAGCCGAACGGCCAGGGUCAUCGUAUCUGGUCCUUUACGAGUGGUGGUCCCCACAGAGUCGGUUUCCACUCACAUGGGUGACACGGCCCUGCUGCGGUGCGAGGUCACAGGUGAACCCAUGCCAGUGGUGCGAUGGCAGAAGAACAGAGAAGAUCUGCCUUUAACCUUUGACCCUGAGAGCAGAGUGGUGGUCCUGCCCUCGGGUUCACUGCAGGUCAGCAGGGUUCAGCCGCCCGACUCGGCCACUUACCGCUGCCUGGCCGAAAACCCCGGUAGUUCUCGUACCGGAACGGACGCCGACCUGCGGGUCCUGCCGGAGCCUGGAGUGCUGAGAAGUUUGGUGUUUCUUCAGAAACCCAUGAAGGUCACGGCUCUACAGGGAAAAGAUGCGGUUCUUGAAUGUUCUGCAUCUGGAUACCCAAACCCGUCUUUCUAUUGGAUGAGAGGAAGUGAACUCAUUCAGAGCAGGUCAAAGAAGUAUUCUCUUCUGAGCGGCAGUAAUCUUCUCAUCAGCAGCGUCACUGACGAUGACUCUGGAGCGUACACAUGUGUCGCACAAAACAAACACCACAACAUUUCAGCCACCUGUGAACUCUCUGUGCUUGUGCCUCCACAGUUCUUGAAUUAUCCAUCAAACAUGUACGCACAUGAGAGCACAGAUAUUGAGAUGGAUUGUGCUGUGACUGGAAACCCGCAGCCGACCGUCCGAUGGGUAAAGAAUGGAGAGGUGGUGAUACCCAGUGACUACUUUCAGAUUGUGGAGGGUGGAAGUCUGCAGAUUUUGGGUUUGGUUCGCUCUGAUGAAGGUUUCUAUCAGUGUAUCGCUGAGAAUGAAGCUGGAAACAGUCAGGCCAUGGCUCAACUCAUCAUCCUACAGCCUGAGGCCACGCCCACUGUGGCAUCACCGCCCCUCCAGCCGUCUCAGCCCCCGUUGCCCCGCACUUCCUCUUUGACUUACUCCUCUCCUCCCCCACCAGUUACCCCGAGCUCAAGCGCCCUCCCAUCCGCUCCCCAUGACGUGGUCCCUAUCCUAGUGUCCGGCCGUUUCGUUCGGCUGGGGUGGCGGCCCCCGGAGGAUCCGCGAGGGACCAUCCUGACGUACGGGGUCUUCUUCUCUGAGGAGGGAAUCGACAGGGAGCGCUCCAUUAAUGUGACUGAAGCAGAGAGUUUGCAGUUGACGGUGAAUAAUCUGAAACCAGAGGCCACGUAUUCAUUCAGAGUCGUUGCCUACAAUGAGCACGGACCUGGAGAAAGUUCAGAGGUCAUCAGACUGUCAACACAAGCUGAACUGCUGGUUCCUGGUUUAGUGGAGAACCUGCUGGCAGAAGCAUCAUCACCCACAUCUAUCCAAGCCUCUUGGGAUCCACCGGCUCAUGCUAACAGCCCCAUCCAAAGCUAUAGGCUGCUCUGGACUGAGACGUCAACUGGUAAAGAGCAGAAUGUGGAAGUUGUUGGUCAGAGCUACAAAAUGGAGGGUCUGAAGAAGUUCACCGAAUAUUCUUUACGAGUUCUGGCAGUAAACCGUCAUGGACCAGGAAUCUCCAAUGAAGACAUUCUUAUCACGACACUCUCUGAUGUGCCAAGUGCUCCACCACAGAACGUCUCACUGGAAGUGGUUUAUUCCCGGAGCAUUAAGGUGAGCUGGCAGCCGCCGCCUUCGAAUGCGCAGAACGGCUUCAUCACCGGAUACAAGAUCCGGCACCGCAAAACCGGCCGACGGGGUGAACAAGAAGCUCUGGAACCCAACAACCUGUGGUAUCUGUUUACAGGUUUAGAGAAAGGCAGUCAAUACAGCUUCCAGGUGGCAGCUAUGACUGUUAAUGGCACAGGACCCAACACUGAAUGGUACACGGCUGAGACUCCAGAGAACGAUCUUGAUGAAACUCAAGUCCCAAACCAGCCGAGUUCUCUUCAUGUGCGUCCUCUACCCAACAGCAUCAUCAUGAGCUGGACUCCACCGCUCAAUCCUAAUAUUUUAGUGCGGGGUUACAUCAUUGGCUAUGGCGUGGGCAGCCCGUAUGCUGAGACUGUAAGGGUUGACAGUAAACAGCGCUAUUACUCCAUUGAGAACUUGGAACCCAGUUCACAUUACGUCAUUUCUCUGAAGGCCUUCAAUAACGCUGGUGAAGGAGUUCCUCUAUAUGAAAGUGCUGUCACCAGAUCCAUGUCAGACCCCUCAGAUCCAUCAGACGAUGAUUUAUUCCAUCUCUUUGAUAAAUUCCCUACCCCCAUCCCAGAUACCUCCACUCCCAUGAUUCCUCCUGUAGGUGUACAGGCGGUGGCGCUCACCUCGGAUUCGGUCCGGGUCAGCUGGGCUGAUAACUCCAUACCUAAGAACCAGAAGUCCUCGGAGGUUCGGUAUUAUUCUGUCAAGUGGAAGACCAGCCACUCCACCAGUGGAAAAUACAAGUCGGCUGACACUACAGCACUGAGUCAUACAGUCACAGGUCUGAAGCCCAACACCAUGUAUGAGUUCUGUGUCAUGAUCACAAAAGGACGUAAAUCCAGCACAUGGAGUAUGACAGCACACGCUACAACAUAUGAAGCAGCACCAAGCUCCGCCCCAAAGGACUUGACUGUGAUUGGUCGAGAGGGACGACCAAGAGCCAUUCUCAUUAGCUGGCAGCCACCACUGGAGGCUAACGGACGAAUUACAGGUUAUAUUCUGUACUACACACUGGAUAAGAACAUGGCUAUAGAUGAUUGGGUGAUGGAGGCCAUCAGUGGAGACCGGCUCACACAUCAGGUCAUGGAUCUUAACCUGGACACCAUCUACUACUUCCGUAUUCAAGCCAAGAAUGCUAAAGGAGUGGGACCGCUGUCAGACCCGGUGCAGUACAGAACCUCAAAAGUUGAGUAUCCUGACAAGAUGGCAAAUGAUCAAGGUCGUCAUGGAGACAGUGGAUAUUGGCCAUCUGACAAUAAUCUGAUAGACAUGAGCAGUUUAAACGAGCCUCCUAUCGGUCAGAUGCGUCCACCACACGGCAGUGUGACCCCUCAGAAGAACAGUAAUCUACUGGUUAUUAUUGUGGUGUCUGUAGGAGCUGUGACUGUUGUAGUGGUGCUGAUCGUAGCCCUGAUCUGCACACGACGCUCAUCUGCACAACAGAGAAAGAAACGUGCGACUCACAGCGCAGGAAAGAGGAAAGGCAGUCAGAAAGAUCUGCGACCUCCCGAUCUCUGGAUCCAUCAUGAAGAGAUGGAGAUGAAGAACAUCGAGAAACCCUCCAGCUCCGCCCCCUCCGGUCGAGAGUCACCAAUCCAGAGCUGUCAGGAGAUCGCCCCUGUCAGCCACAGCCAAUCAGAGAGUCAGAUGGGAAGCAAAAGCAGCCACUCGGGCGCUGACGGCGAUGAGACGUCCAGCAGUAUUUCCACAUUAGAGCGAUCGCUGGCUGCUCGCAGGGUGACGCGUGCCAAAAUGAUGAUUCCUAUGGACUCUCAACCCAGCAACACACCGGUGGUGAGUGCUAUCCCAGUACCCACACUGGACAGCAGUCAGUAUCCGGGGAUCUUACCGUCACCCACCUGCAGUUACACUUCUCACCCUAAAUUCAGCUUGCGCCCGAUGCCGUUCUCUACCCUGACCGUCGAGCGCAGUUACACAACAGCUCUUCCAGCAGAAGGUGUUGCUCAGAUGUCCCCGCAGCCACAACAACCUUUGAUUCCAACAGUCCAGUCCGAGCCGACGGCAUCAGAAGAGAUUCCCAGCCGAACCAUCCCUACGGCCUGUGUCCGACCCUCUCAUCCCCUCCGCAGCUUCACUAAUCCGCUUCUACCCCCACCUAUGGGUACCAUUGACCCCAAGGUUUACAAUCCCAUGAUGCCUCAGACAGGUGGCAGUUUACCCAAAGCACAGGUAAAGACAGCAUCACUGGGGCAGGCUGGGAAGGCGAGGUCACCGUUAUUGCCCGUGUCAGUGCCGACAGCACCAGAGACGGCUGAAGAAGGACAGAAACAACCCGACGACCCAGCGAGUGUGUACGAGCAGGACGAUCUCAGUGAACAGAUGGCCAGUCUGGAGGGUUUAAUGAAGCAACUCAACGCAAUCACAGGUUCAGCUUUUUAACAAACACAGAGACGUCCGACACCGCAGAUCUCCAAUCCCUGCCGAGGAACCCGACGCCUUGAUAGAGAAACUCUGGAGACUUCUGUCAGUCGCUCGCUCGCUCAUCCGUAUAAACCCUGAACCUGAACUCAGCAGGGAAAGUUGUAGCGUCGGACCGUUGGAAAAUCUCUCUUUUCUAGCGUUCUUUGGAAUUUUAUAGUGGUUUCUUCUCACAGAUCUGGUGGGUUUUGCUGGCGCUGAAUCCCCAGCACUUCAGUUUCUUCACUGGUAUAAUCGCAUAUCAGUGCUCGGAUCAGAUUCACAUACG